AUGACGACCAGUAAUGGCGUCAGUCUUCGUCAUCCAUCAAUAUCAAUAGGUGAUAUUCAUCCACGUUUAGAUAUUGAUACAAUAUCAAUUCUUAGUUCUCAAUCCGAUAGUAUUCAACAUUUAUCAUAUAAUGAAUCUGAUGAUGAAGGUAAAGGUUUAGUUAGUUCAAAUACAUCUCGUUUAUAUGAUACAAUUAAUGAAACAUAUCAACCAUCAGCAUUAAAAAAAGAUUGGAUUAUGUAUUUAAGCAAACCAACAAAUAAUAAUCAUACUGAUGAACAUCAUCAAAGUUCAAGUGAUAAUGAAUCAUCAUCAUCGUCAAUAUCGGAUGAUGAUGAAAGUGAACAAGGUUUUAUUGAAGAUCCAUGGACAAUAAAUACAGUUCAACGAGAAUAUUAUACCAAACAAUUUCAAAAUUUACAAACAGAUACAACUAAAGUUAUUAAUGGUCAUAUAGCAAAAGAAUUUUUUGAACGAUCAAAUUUACCAACAACUGAAUUAUCACAAAUAUGGAAUUUAUCUGAUGUUAAUCAUGAUGGUGCAUUAUCAUUAGCAGAAUUUUGUACAGCUAUGCAUCUUGUUGUUUUACGUCUCAAUGGUUUUCAUUUACCGGAUGAACUUCCAUCACAAUUACAACCAUUUACACCAUUGAUUGAUCUAUCGGAUGUAACAUCAACGGAAAAUUGGGCAACUUUUCAACAAAAAACUGAUUCACCAAAACAAUUUACAUAUGCACAACCAAUUGCUGACAAUCAUCGAAUUGUAGCACCUGUAGCUGUUCGUCUUUCUCCUCCACCUCCACCACCACCGCCGCCACCACCACCACCAACACUACCUCCUCCUGUUCAAGCAGCCAAACCACCACCACUUCCACCACGUACAAGUGUCAAUGAUACACCUCAAAGAAUUUUAAACAACAAUAAUAAUAAUACAUCGACAAAUACAACACCAUUUCUUUAUAAUCGAGCACGUCCAUCAAUGACUUCACCACCAAUUCAACAACAACAAUCAGAUCCAAAUAUUUUACUUGGACAAAUCCAUGAUUUACUACAACCAGAUCAUUUACAAGAAUUAUCAUCAAUUAUAUCGACAUCAUCAAGUACUAAUGAAGAAUUUGAUACAGCAUUAAAUCAAAUAAAAUCUCGUAAUUCAAUACUUAAAGCACAAUUAAAACAUUGGGAAGAUCGUUUAACAGAUUUAAUUGAUAAAAGAAUUUCAUUAGAACUACAAUUAAGAGUUCAACAACAACAACAACAUCAAUAA